UUUUAUGCCAUGUUUUUUUUUUUAGUUUAGUUAUAACUUGUAUGACUAAUUCUUGUUUCUCAUUGACCUCUUCUAUUUAUGCUCUUUUUUAUAGCCUUCUUGUCAUAAUUUUGCUUGGUUAAAAAUAUAUUUGAUCCUAUAAGAAAGCAUCUAAUUACCUUUAGAUCCCUUUUUUUUUUAGAUAAUUUAAUUCCAUUAUAUACUCAAAAUUCUGUCUUUUAUUCUCCUUGUAUCAACUACUAUUUAUGUUCCUAAAAUCUUGGUCCCUUUAUUACCUGUAACCUUUAUAUUCUGUGUGGUUUGUGGAAUAAUUUCCCUUUUUGCAUUUCCAUUGUUGUUAUCUCCAUGUUUUGCCUGAAAAAGAAUUAAUGUAUGACAAUGGAACAGGGUUCCUUAGCCUACGUGGGUCCCGAUUCGUGGUUCGAUCAUGUUCUUAUAUCGGUGUCUGGUGAAGGAUUCUGUUGAGGAUUAUUAAACAUGGAGAAUGGUCAUCAUGAAUCACUCAGCAAUGGAAAUCUCCAAAUCAUUAGACACCCCUCGUACCAAUCGUGUGGUAAAUUGUCGUUGUCUUGGUUAGAUAUAAGAGUUUUCUACAUUAGAGUCAGCAAUUUUACGGUUGAUGAUUCCGCCCCGGAAUAUCUUACUCUCAACCACAUCCCUCUAAGUCCCGACACGCUUCUUGAGGUCAACGGAACGAGAUGUUCCAUUUAUUCGGAAGGAGCGACUUGCCUCCUUCGAAGGGAUCGGGUUGAUAAGAAAUCAGAAGAAGCUACGUUCGUGAGCACUGAUAGUAUAAGGCUGACGGGAAGCGUGAAAUUUGAGGUUUUCAAUAAAGACGAUCUCGUCCUCUCUGGGGUUUUAGAGAUGUCCAAUAGUAACGGUGGUGGCAGGAGAUGGAACAUGAAUUGUGAGUCGGUGAUGAAUGCGGGGACUGGUUUUCUGAAGGGUAAACAAAUUAUAGGUUCCGAAUCAAUGCCGCCGACAAUUGAAGUUUUUGUUACUGGUUGCUUCUCGGGGACACCUAUCAUAUUAACAAAGAGUUUGCAGCUGAAUCAUAGGAAGAAGCACAACAGGAAGGGUAUGUUACACUCGAUCCCGGAGCAUGAAACAGAUGAACAGCAGAAAGAUGUCUCAUCUGGACUUGAUAUGCAGGUUGCAGAGUAUAGUAAGUAUGAACCAGAAAGCGAAGAAGAGUACAACAGCAUGUACUGGAGACAAACGGAAUAUAUGGAUGGUGAAGAUGGGGAACUAUCGUGGUUCAAUGCUGGGGUCCGUGUUGGUGUAGGGAUCGGCCUUGGCAUUUGCGUAGGAGUUGGAAUAGGAGUCGGUCUGUUAGUCCGCACCUACCAGACAACUACCGGAAACUUCAGAAGGCGGUUUAUAUGAUUAUGUAUUGCUGAAUUUCUUUUUUGCAUAAAACCAAACGGCUAACAACAGAUAUAUGCUUGUCUUGAGAGUGAAUUCUAACAAUCAUACAUUUUCGUGUAAACUACUUUCUGCUAGCUUUUUGUCUUCGUGUUAAGUCUCUUUGUAUCACCUUUUUGGUUUUAGGUGUUGCAAACUCUUACUAUUGUUGAUGUUUCAUUUUGUUGCUGAGGUGUGUAAGGCUGCAAAAAAUUAUAGUACAUGAUCAUUUGGUGAAGUUAUUGUGCUAAGCUUUUUGGGCUUGUA